AUGGCUUCCGAAAAGCAAGCCAUGGCUGAGCAUGACGAGAAACAUGUCGACACCAUCGUUUCAGCAGGUCAUACCCUGACGGACAAGAUUGACCUCCAACUCACCACCGAGGCCCACGCCGCCAUCGAAAAGGAACAUAACAUGACCGCCUGGGAGGCCCUGAAACUCUAUCCCAAGGCCGUCGGCUGGUCCCUGUUGCUCUCCUGCGCCAUCAUCAUGGAAGGCUACGACGUCGUACUCAUCGGUUCCUUCUUCGCCUACCCAGCCUUCAACCAGAAGUACGGCCAUCUCAUGUCCGACAACGAAUACGGUCUCGCCGCCUCAUGGCAAGCCGGUCUCACCAACGGAAUGAGCUGCGGUCAAAUCAUCGGUCUAUUCAUCAACGGUAUCGUCUCCGAACGCUACGGCUACCGCAAAACCCUCAUGGCCUGUCUCGCCGCCACCGUCGGCUUUAUCUUCAUCCUCUUCUUCGCACCAAACGUCGGCACCCUCGUCGCCGGUGAACUCCUCAUGGGUAUCCCUCUCGGUGUCUACCAGACCCUGACAGUCACCUACGCCUCAGAGGUGUGCCCGGUCGCCCUGCGCGCCUACUUGACCACCUACGUGAACAUGUGCUGGGUCAUCGGCCAGCUGAUUGCCUCCGGCGUGCUAAAGGGUCUCGUCGACCGCGUCGACCAGUGGGCGUACAGGAUCCCAUUCGCCCUUCAGUGGGUCUGGCCCGUCCCGAUUUUCAUCGGUGUGUAUCUUGCUCCCGAGAGCCCCUGGUGGCUUGUGCGGAAGGAUCGUCGCGAGGACGCCGUCAAGGCUGUGAAGCGGCUCGCGCGCGCCGACACCCCCGGUUUCAACGCCGAGGAGACCGUGUCCAUGAUUGUCUAUACGAACCUCAUCGAACAGCAAACCGAGUCUGGCACUUCGUAUCUGGACUGCUUCAAGGGGACUGAUCUGCGACGCACGGAGAUUGCUUGCUGUGUGUGGGCAGCUCAGAGUCUGUGUGGUUCUGGUCUGAUGGGUUACUCGACUGUCUUCUACCGGCGUGCCGGACUCGCAGUGUCACAGUCCUUCACUAUGUCUCUGGUGCAAUACGCCAUUGGUUUGAUUGGCACAUUGAGCUCCUGGGUUCUGAUGUCGUACUUCGGUCGUCGCACGCUUUAUGUAGGCGGACUGGCGGUGUUGGCUGUUAUCCUGUUUGUUAUUGGAUUUGUGUCUAUUGCACCCGCGACGUCGGCGAUUUCGUGGGCGACGGGUUCGAUGUUACUUGUCUAUACAUUCAUCUAUGACUCGACUGUCGGACCGGUUUGUUUCUCGCUGGUCUCGGAGAUUCCAUCAUCCAGACUCCGCACCAAGGCUAUUGUGUUGGCACGUAAUACGUACAACAUCCUCAACCUGGUCACUGGUAUCAUCAUUCCUUACAUGCUGAAUGUGGACGCCUGGGACUGGAGAGGAAAGUCCGGGUUCUUCUGGGGUGGGCUGUGCAUUGCCUGUCUCACCUGGUCGUUCUUCCGUCUUCCCGAGCCCCGAGGCCGCUCUUAUGCUGAGUUGGAUGUCUUGUUCGAGAACAAGGUGCGGACCAGGGAUUUCGCGACUGCGAAGACAGGUUUGGUGCAGGAGGAGCUCAAGGGCGACUCGGCUUGA